AUGGAUUCUGGGAUUUCCAGGAAGACACGCAGCAACAUGAGAUUCACAGGCUCUCUUUUUGUUCUGGGUGUGUUGUACAUGAUGCCUUUCUUUUGCCAUAGCCAGAUCGACCCCCUGGCUCUCGGCCGAGCUGACCCCCAGUGCUGGGAAUCCUCAUCGACCACCUUGCUGGAGAUGAGGAAGCCCCCCAUUUCAGACUCUGUUGGAGGCUUUUGGGAUUUCAUGCUCUUCUUGAAGUCGUCUGACAAUUUGAAGCACGGGGCGCUGUUCUGGGAUCUGGCGCAGCUCUUCUGGGAUAUCUAUGUGGAAUGUGUACUUUCCAGGACCCAUGGCCUAGGGAAAAGGCAGCUGGAUGAAGGUCGGCCACAAAUUGCAGUUCUCCCAUCCUGGAUCACAAGGAGGAUUUUUUCACAAAUUCAGGUGAUUCCUGUAGCAGAGAAGAAAGAACGGAACAAAGAUCUAAUAAGCAUCCAAGCGCACAGGAGUGAGUCUGCUUUACUCAGAAGAAUUGCUGGGCAGCUAAGAAUGAAGAAGAAAUGA